UGUUGGUAGUCAUAGUUUUAUAAAAAUACGUUGUAAUCGUUCACGGCGAUUGAAACUUUUUAAUGGUUUAAAACUCAAAUAAUACAUUAAUAAAGUUUGUUAAUUUCCCAGGCACAAAUUACAAGUGCACUGAGUUUGAAUGCAAAAAACUAAAACUAUCCUACAUUUUACAUUUUAAUCAACAUAACUACAUAACCUAUAAAUUGUUCCAAAUAGGUGUACUUCAUGUCCUUUUAUAUAAAUAUUUAAAACCGAUAAUUGUGUGGUGUUCAAUUAAUUUUGUGUCGGGAGAUAAUCGAUUUUGACUAGUGAAGUAGACUAUUAUUAGUACUACAGAAGUACAAAACAACCAAUUAGUACCUACUGUGCACUUUUUAUGUAGAACGACCUAAUAUGAACAAACAUAUUUUUAAUGAAGUGCAUAAAGAAAAUAAAGGUCAUGUUGAUAAUUAAAAAGUUCUGUGAAAAUACGAAGUACUUAUCUAUAACGACGCCUUCAUGAAACUAUAAAAUGUUUUAUGUUUUUGAUAAAACGUGUAUUAUUUUCCAAGUUUCGAAGGUACAAGCCAUACGUGUACUCAUUUUGCAGCAAACAUAUUUUAACAAACACAGAUUUAAUGUUUUUAAUCCAGAUUACUUAAAAAUAGACUUUGUACAAAACAUUUGUAAACUGGAAAAGAUUUUUAAGAAUUUGAUAGAUUUCACGUGAUACACUUUACCCAAAGCAAUGCACCUGAGGCGUGAUAUUUCACAAAGUGAAUUCGUUAUUUAUGUUCUGAUAUGGUUUACGUGUGUUUUUUUCUCAAUAUAUUGCUUUGCAACAAGCGCCAACAAGUAUUUUCAAAAUUAUGAAGAUCACUACUCAGAUUUUACUGAGGGAUGGUCACUAAUUUCUCGAAGAAAAGAUAAUAGUGAUGCUGAAUGGCGGUUGAUGAAAUUAUUACUGAAAACUAUACCAUUAUGGAUUAUUUUUUCGUGUUUGGUGUCAGAAGUACUCCGUCAGUUUAAAUUAUUUCAACUUUUACAAGUGUGGCAAAUAUUAAUUUCAACUACAUUUAUAAUUACAGAGUUAGGAAUUCUUCCACUGGGACUAAUAGUAUUUCAGCCUUUAUUAUUUGCACUUGUAUUAUUUUUCACGCGAAGUAAAUUUAUCAUCUGGGUUACAAAUAUAUUAACUUUGUUGUUACUUUUCAUGUACAGGUACAUUGGUUUCAGUGAAGAAUUUCUAGCAGAAAAUAAAUUGAACCCACAGUCUGCCCAUGUAAUUGUAACUACAAUAUACUGGAUGAAUCUCAAAUGCGUAUCAUACUGCAUUGACUUCAUAGAUUCUAAACAAGAACAUAUUAGUCUAACUUUUGCAUCAUAUUGUCUACAUAUGCCGAAUCUUGUUCUUGGCCCAUUUGUUUCAUACAAAAAUUUUGAAGGAUGUUACAAAACAGACGAGUACUUGUGGGACCGUUUUUUAAAAUUAAUUUUGAAUAUUUUUCGAUUUUUAUUUUGGUUCGUCUUUACUGACUUUUUUUUACAUUUUAUUUAUGUGAAUGCCGUUGUUUACCACUACGAGUGGAUUCAAACUCUUGGCUCAUGGUCUUUAUAUGGGUAUGGUUAUACGAUGGGUCAAUUUUUUCAUAUCAAAUAUGUGAUAAUGUAUGGCCUAUCUACUAGUUUUCAGAAAUUUGAAAAUAUUGAAGUGCCUUCUUUACCUAUUUGUAUUGGACGUGUCCACUUAUAUUCAGAUAUGUGGAGGUACUUUGAUGCUGGUUUAUAUAACUUUUUACAAAGCUAUAUGUACAUUCCGCUCAUGAAGAAUUAUUUUAAGUACAGAUUAAUUCCUAGUCUGAUAUGUUUUACUUUUAUUUACGUAUGGCAUGGAACUGACGAGUCUAUCCUUGUGUGGUCAGUUUUAAAUUAUGUUGGCAUUGUAAUUGAACAGUUUAGUAAGUGGAUUGAUAACGAAUAUUUGAAAAAAUCAACACUGGAAAUCAUGGUUGGGCCCAAAUGGCGCAGAAGAAUAACAUGUGCAGCUGCUAGCCCUCUUCUUGCAAUGUCUUGCGUCUCGAAUUUUUAUUUUUUUAGUGGCAAUAAAGUUGGAUAUAUUUUUGUAUCAAGACUCCUAAAUUAUGAUAUCCUGUGGAGCAAUUUGAUUUUGUUGAUAAUUUUAUACACCAUGUGCCAAAUUUCAACUGAAAUUAAAUCAAAAGAAAAGAGAUCUUCCCAAAAACAUAAAAAAAAUUAAGAAUGUAAAUGCAAUAGAACAGAUAAUAAAAGUUUCAUACAAA